AUGAACUUGGUAAAUGAUCUGAAGAAAUUGGUUUUGUAUAUGAAACGUCGUAUUCAAGAGAAUAGUUAUGACAGUAUUCUGUGGCUGGUGGAUAUAGUUCCAAAAAUUUCUGGGUUUUCUUACAGGAAGGACAAAGUUUCACCGUGGUUCUGGUACAUCCACAUGUUUCUUCUCUUCUACGUGUAUGCCGUCGGUAACUUCUGGUAUCAAUGGAAGUUCGCUCACGGCGCUGGUGACUUCAUCAAGAGCUAUGUCAACAUCUCUAUCAUCGUCAUUAUUGGCAACAAUAGUGUGUGGUUUGUCAAACAAAGACCCCUAUUAAGAACAGUUUUAAAGAAAAUAGAACAAAGUGAUGAACUGUCCCGAAGAUCCAGCUUUUUGAUGAGAAAACACGAGAAAUUGAUGAAGAUUGUUAAACGAAUUGUUCUAAUCUUCUACGGAUUUAAUUACAUUGAUGCGUUUUUUAUAUAUUUUCCACACAGAGUCGAUUUGCGGAACAAUUAUUCUAUGACACCUUGUGUUGGUCUGCAACCUCUAACAGCUUCACCGAACAGGGAGAUAUGCAUGACCAUCCUCACUUUACAAGAGUUCACCAUAAACAUAGUCGCUCUGAACUACCAGGCUCUUCUGCUGUUCCUCAUAGCUCAUACAGCUGCAAUGUAUCAGAUGAUGGCUUAUGAAAUGAUGGCCUUAAAUGAUUAUAAGAAGGAGAACUUAGGACAAGUGAAUAAGAAACUUUCAUCUUUAAUAGAACGCCAUUGUUUGACGCUAGAUGUCGUUGAUAAUUUGCGGUCUCUAUACAGCGUUCCACUAGGAGUUAACUUUGGUUCAAAUGCUGUUUGUAUAUCUUUGUUCUUCUACCUCCCGCUUCGUGAAUGUCUUCAGUUUAUGCCUGUGUUUGUGUAUUGCUCUCUUGUUUUCUUCUUAUAUUGCUUUCUCUGUCAGCGGUUGAUUAAUUCAGCGGAGGUGUUUGCGAGGGCGGUGUACUGCUGUGGUUGGGAGAAUUUUGGCUUAAAGGAGAAGAGGUUGGUGUUCGUCAUGCUGCGUCAGUCUCAGAAGCCGGUGGAACUUCUGGCAGCUGAUAUUAUACCAGUCAAUAUUUAUACUUUUGCGACCACGUUGCAAGCUAUGUUCAAGUUUGUUACUGUUGUUAAGUUUUGA